GAGAUACAUGUACUUGUGAAGUAGACCUGCGCUAGCUGUGUCCUGCUCAAAGUCUUCGGUCUUCUUCUCUCCACCGUGUACACACAUGAGAUCACUGCUUAAUUUUUAUCUUAUACACAAACAAAACAAAAGGCAGGGCCGCCGGGUUUGUCCCAGUCAAUUGUCGAAUUCUUAGAUAGACAAUAUAUGGUAGCUUCCUCCGUUUGGGUCAUCGUCGGCGUGACCGGUUCAUUCCGGCGGCCAGGGACCUGCAACUGCAAGGAUGGCGGACGUGGUUAGCAUCCCCAGGGAGAUCCUUCGCCUUGCGCUGGCGAUCAGGCAGGCGGCCGAGACGGUGAGGCAGAACAGGGAGGACUGCUUCGAGAUCCAGCAGUGCGUGAGCAGGGUCCACGGCAUCCUGUCCUUGGCUGCGCACGCCACGGGCACGGGCACGGACAUGGUAGCGAACUCGGCGGUGAGCGCCGCGCUGGGGGACCUGGAACGGAGCCUCCGCCGCGCCCUCGACCUCGUCACCACCUGCCAGCAGAGGAGCACCCUUUGCCAUUGCUUCACGGCCGGGAGGCUCUCGGCGCAGCUGCUUCGGGUCCAGCGGGACAUCGCCAACCAGCUAUCGAUCGUAAACUUCGCCCAGGUCACCCUUCUCAUCACUACUAGGCGUGUUCCACGAGAGGAUCCCGUUUACCGACCCGUCGAGCUCUGGGACUACUGGAAGAACCAAGAGAAUGAUUUUGUUCAUAUACCUCCAACACCAAGUGGUGAAGAUGGGGGCUAUGAUUCGAUCCACAUCUGCGUGGAAAUGACAGCUGCUGUAUCAUCACGAUUCAGAGUGUUCAGCAUGGCUGAGCUGGAGGCCGCUACAGAUGACUUUUCAUGUGAGCAUGUGAUCCACGAUGGCGACCGUGUUACCGUCUACAAGGGUCUAUUACUAGACGGGAGGGUGAUUGCCAUCAAGAGAUCUCAUGAUGAAAAGAAGGGUCUUCUUUUUCUAGUGCAUCUCCAGCACAAAAACGUAGUUUCAUCUAUAGGGCACUGCCGUUAUGAACAGGGGGAGAUGGUGGUCGAAGAGUAUAUGCCCAACGGAACUUUGUCCGAGAUGAUCAAUGAGAGGCCACAACAGCUAGAUUGGUCCUUCAUGUUGCAGACGGUUCGAGGGAUCGCAGAGGGCGUGGCUUAUCUCCAAACCAUGCGUGUCGUGCAUCCGGAUUUGAAGCCUGCCAACAUCUUCUUUGAUUCUGAUAUGAAUCCAAAGAUAGGUGGGUUUGGAAGGUCUAAACUUUUGCUGGAACAAGGUGUCACCGAAACCAAGACAGAAGAGUUACUGGGCACAGUGGGCAACAUACCUCCUGAGUAUAUCACUGAUGGCAUUAUCUCCAUGAAGAGCAACGUUUUCAGCUUCGGCGUCCUCUUCCUCCGUAUUAUUAGUGAGAUGAGAGGCCCUGUACUAAACCAACAUCCAAUUGCAUGGGCUUUGGAGGUCUGGGAUGCUCGACAUAUGGAGUCAUUUGAUCCGUUAUCGCCAGAUCAGUCUGAGCGAAAGGAAAGAGAGAGGUGCAUCUGCAUCGGACUGUUGUGUACCCAAAUGGAUCCUCGUGACCGGCCAACUAUGCCACAUGUUCUUGCGAUGCUAAACAGCGAGGAAGAAUGGCCAACCCCAGAGCUAUCUGCUGGCUUCCUUGGAAUAAGAAGUGCAGAGCAGGAGCGGCCGUGGUGGAGGAGCAGCUGGUGGAAGAGGAGGUCUGACGGUAGGAGCUGGUCGUUGUUGGAGAAGACACGUUGAAAGUCCUCGGCACACAGACUGUGUGCUUUACAUAUCGCUACUAGUGUAACGCCGAUGACAAUCGUAUCAACUAUCACAUUGUUACCAUAUACUCAUAUACUGUACUAAAUAAUACCAUGCGCGUUGCUGAGGAAA